AACAACAAGUACCCGUCGCUCACGCAUGCCAUAUCCCUCGCAGAGGAGCUCGAUAUUCCGGCAACCCCCGAGCGCAUUCGGACGUUAGAGAACCUCGUGCGGCAGCUGCCCACUUCAACAGGUUCCUCGACGACCUCCUCCGAAACAUUGCGCGAGACGGAAACCGUCUCCUCGGACGUCCCCAGCGCGUCCAUCAGCCUGUCCAGCCCAGACACCAGCCGCGAACCAUCUCCAAUCAGGAGUGGAACCGCCGUGUUAAGGCUUGGACGUACGAAGGCACCAAGUCCUCUGACAACGGAUGGGGAAGACCCCCUGUUCUCGGACGAGGAAGAGCCGGUGCCGCCGCCCAAGCGCAAGCGCACACUCAAGGAGCGGCUCGCUCCAACACUCAGGGAGCGUCUGGACGAUCCCAUGGACGAGGCGGACGACGCCGUGUCACUCGGCCUAACUGAUGCUGAGGAAGAGAUCGACAAUUUCUUCGAAAGGACCUGGUAUUGUCGCAAGUUCUUCUCGUAG